ACCAAAAUAUCAUCGCCGUUCAUGUCUGCUGUGACCUCUGUUCUCAAGUAAAGUCUCAGGUUCGCCUUCUCAGUUCUCAUUCAUUUCCAUGGCCGCCGUCAGCCUCUCUCCAGUGCAAGCUUCUCUUUCUCCUCGUUUACUAUCUUCGCAUACUCCUCAAAGUACCCCCAACCUCUCAUUCCAUUCACUCUCUAAGCCCUCCAUCCCCUUUCCUUCCAUUUCUUUAAAACUCUACAACCCAAUUAGACCUUGUUCCCUAAUUAUCGCUGCAGCCGUCAAGAACCUCGCCGAGACGGAUUUAGUAGCGGUACCUUUAACAGCUGAUGAGUUCUCUAAAAAAUUGCCGUCAAAAUCGGGUGUUUACGCCGUUUAUGAUAAGAACGAUGAUCUUCAAUUCAUUGGCAUCUCCCGGAACAUUGGGGCUAGCGUUUUCUCUCACCUGAAGUCGGUGCCGGACCUUUGCUCCUUCGUUAAGUUUGGGGUAGUAGAUGAACCUGAUAGAGAGUCACUUACUCAAGCUUGGAAAUCAUGGAUGGAAGAACAUAUAAAAACCACUGGAAAGGUUCCACCAGGCAAUCAAUCAGGGAAUGCUACGUGGAUCAGGCAACCACCAAAGAAGAAGCCUGAUCUCCGACUUACACCUGGCCGUCACGUCCAGCUAACAGUUCCACUGGAGGAGCUUAUUGGGAAAUUAGUCAAGGAGAACAGGGUGGUGGCCUUUAUCAAGGGAUCACGAAGUGCCCCAUUGUGUGGAUUCUCUCAAAGGGUAAUCGGCAUUCUUGAAAGCCAAGGAAUAGAUUAUGAAAGCGUAGACGUGCUGGAUGAAGAAUAUAAUUAUGGAUUGAGGGAGACAUUGAAGAAGUAUAGCAACUGGCCUACGUUCCCACAAAUUUUUGUCAAUGGGGAGUUGAUAGGAGGAUGUGAUAUCUUAACUUCCAUGGAUGAAAAGGGUGAGCUUGCUGGUUUGUUGAAAAAGUAGGUUCUUGAUUUUUUCGUACCCAAACCUUCUGACUGGGUGUAGCAGAGCAAAAUAGGGUGACGAGAAAAUUAAGAAAAAUGGAGUUCAUAAUAUUUUCAUCAUGUGCUUGUAUUGGAUCUUAGUCUUGCACAUUGUAAGCCUUCUUCAAAUUGAGUCCUAAAUAUGAGGAGAAAAUGCCGUGUGUUUAUUAUGCA